UUUAGCCAAAAAGUCCCCUGCUCCUGCCGAUGACAAAAGGAAUGACACCACGAAGUCGCCAAAACUUCGCAUAGAAGGAAGAAGAGCCAAGAGAGAGAGGGUGAGAGGGGACUCUGCUUCCUCUUCGGCUCUCUCGCUUUCUCUCACCCUUGACUCGAUCGUUUUGCACAAACCAAUAUGAUGGCUUUAGGGUUUAUGGGUAAUUCAGGUUCUUCAUCAUCGUCUUCAAAUUUAUCGCCUUUAGCUCCUCCUUUUACCGUGGACCGGUCUAAUCCCAAACCCAAUUCAAACCCACUUGUGCCUUUCACUGAACCAUCUUAUGCUGCUCUGCCCUUCCAGUCUUCUUACCAUAAUUGGCAAUAUCCAGACUCUUCAUAUAAUGAGUAUGGAUACUUGGGUUCACAAUCUGUUAGUUCAACCAAUGCCCAUAUGCCUCCCUUAAACCCCGGUGUCACGACCGCAACUGAUGCAUUUUCUUUUCAUCAGUAUUCAAGUGAAAACCCCAAAAAUUGUGUUCUUGCUGAACCAAAUUAUACUCCAUUGGUGUCACCUGCGGGCGACAAUGCUAUCCCUUUGGUGGCCCUUAAUGAACCUAGCUAUGAUGUGUUGCCAACUUCCUGUGGUGCCACUUUAGGUGGAAAUUCGCAAGUUGAUUACACUCGAAGCUUAUCGGGCCUGGAGUACAUGCCUUCGUGGGGUUGCGGUUGGAACAACAGAUUGGCUGACGAGGAGACCAAUGGUCCUGGUUCAUAUGUUUCCAAGGAGUAUAUCACACAAGGGCCUUCUACAACUCAUGGCCCAAGCAAAUGCAACGAAGUUUCUGCCAUUUCACGCGAAAGCUAUGUUAAUGUGUGGGGAAGAAGAAGCCAAUUUGUAACUCCUAGUUCAGUAAAGUUGAAUGAAUCCUCUUCACCGCAAGAUCCCAUGUUCAUUCCCACCGUAUCCGAAAGAACAUCAUUCUCAGGAACGAGCUCAACACUUCAGGAUUCUCAUGUACAAGGGCCAUCUCUACAGUUAGCCACGGAUUUCUGUUUUCAUCAAAACCCAUAUUUUGGAUCAUAUGAUAAAUGCUUCCCCUCGCUGGAUUCUUGCAUGAAAGACUUUGUACCAGUGAAAAAAAAUUCCCCUGCUCUAGUCAUCAGACCACCCUCCAGUAGCGCUAGUUCUAAAAUGACAAAUGCUGCUACAUCUGAAGGUCUAGCAAUUAACAAGAAGAAUUUUGGUCGCCAUAAUCCAUCUAAUCAAAAGGAGCCUCUUUUGUCUUCGAGUGAUGGCAAAUCAGGUUGCUUGGAUUAUAGUGGACCCAUCUUACAUAUGGAAAGAAGUAACCACAUCUUCAAUGCAUCGCCCUCUCCUGGGAGAGAAGAGCUCUCAUACACUACCAAAACUGGAAAGGAAUUUAAACUCCCUGCUAUUAAUGUCCCAUAUGGCUUGAGUCUGGAGCUUGAUAAUUCUGAAGGCCUUUGUUCAGCGGAAUAUUCUUGUGAGGGUUUGGAUAAUUAUAAUCUUGCUGUGGAUUCACCCUGCUGGAAAGGAGCUACAGCUUCUUGUUUUUAUCCAUCUGAAGCUUCUGAAGCCAUAACUCCAGAAACUCAUAUUUGCCCUCCCUGUGCUGAUGAUAGUGUGAAGGUUUCUUGUCCAUAUAUAUGUGGAAACAGUGAGUACAAGGAGGAGCUUUCAAAUGCUAUUUGCCCAACCGGGGAACAAACUUCAUUUGAUGUUGUGAAAGCAGGAUUGAUUUACCCAGGAUCAAGCAGCAGCAAUGAUGUACAAUUUUCUAGUGACAUCAACAACAAUUUGCCCAAUGGCCCAAAAAGUGAUCUUCUUGUGAAACUCUCUCAUGCCAAACAACCGGAUCUCGGCAGGGGUGACUUUAUUCCUGAAAGAGAGUCCAAGAUGCAAGUUGGGGUUGCGCACUCUGGAUUGAAAACUAAAGAUGCCUCCAAAGAUGGUACUGUGUCAUUUCUUGGAAUGGAAAGUACUUCAUUUUCCCCUUGCUCUGGAGAAAAUAUUGAUAAGCUGGUCAAAAUGCACGCCACAGAAUCAAGGCCAAAAAUGGAUGUCAAAAUUCUGGUCGAUACAAUAUGUAACCUUUCGGAGUUGCUUCUAUUUCAGUGUUCUAAUGACUCCUCUGCAGUAUCAGAAGAAAAUCACGAGGUUCUUAAGCGUGUAAUCAACAAUCUUGGUACAUGUGUUUCGAAAAGGAUUGUGGACAUGACCCCAACACUAAAGUCAGUGUUCACCCAACAAUGCACUUCUUCCCAUCAAUGUGGAAACCUGCCAGAUUCUGAUAAGGGUGUCAUUGCAGGUAGGCCUCCAGUGACAAAGGAAGAAGUUGCUAGUUCUCGGGGUCCGUUUGAUCAUGACAGUGCACAUGAGGUGAAGAGGAACAGGGAUAUUUCUGGUAAGGUGGUUGAGAAAUUUUCAGAUUCCUUUUCUUUAAGGGGCAAUGCAGAUAAUGUGAAAGAUGAUAACAUGGUCCAGGCUAUAAAGGGGGUCCUGGAGAAGGAUUUUCCUUGUGAGGAAGAAACGCAACCAGAAACAGUCUUGUAUAAGAAUCUAUGGCUCGAAGCUGAAGCUGCGUUAUGUUCCAUGAGUUAUAGAACUCGCUUCAAUCGUAUGAAGAUUGAGAUGGAGAAAUGCAAGUCAUACAAGGCAAAAGAUGUGGCCGGAUGUUCUAUGGCUGUUGAAAAGUUAUUGACCUCCAAGGUUUCUCCCAAUCCAAAUGCAACCCAGAAAGUGAUACCGCAGUCUGAGGAUAGCCCAUUGUCAGAUAACAUCAAUGAUUCCUCUAUUUCUAGUACAACCAAGGUGGUUGAUGAUGUUGAGGCUUCCGCAUUGGCUAGAUUCCAAAUCCUAAAAUGCAGGGCUGAGAACUCAAACUCUAUAACCGCAAAAGGGAGAUACGAUUGGCCGUUAUUAGGAUACCCAACCUUGGGUGGUAGUUUGGACGUCACUGUGGAACCUUAUUCGCAAUACUCCAGUGUCAUCAAUAAUAAAAGGAACGAAUUUGGCUCAUGUAUAGGUCGGUUUGAUUAUGAAACUAUGAAGGAGUUGGAUGUAUGUGCUGCAGAUGAUCAGGGGAUGCAAUCUUGUGGGAACAACAGGUUCGGGGGUUGGCUUCCGUCAGGUUGGUGUGAUGGCUCUUCAUCGGAUUGGGAAGAUGUUCGAAAGGAUGGAUUUGCAUCUCAGAACUGAUUGACCUCAACUUGGGUUCUGAUUCGACACCGGAAAAGUACAACUUUUUGGCUUGCAUUAUACUUUCCGGAGACUAGUGUAUAUUUGUGGUGUGAACCAAUAUGGAGACUAGUGUAUAUUUGUGGUGUGAACCAAUAUUUAUCCUGACUUGUAUAUAGCUUUUUGGCUUAAUUUGCACCGAAAAAACCUUUGUUAUCUGUUGCAUGAAGUCUUCACUCUUAAAUAGAUUACGCACACAUCUUUUUUAUUCAA